UCAAUGUCUGCUUUACAUAGAUGACAAGCAUGAUUGGUAUAUGAUUAAAAAUGACUAAGRCUUGACCUUCAUGGAACAAUUCCAACAAAACUCGACGCACUGGUUAUGUCUAGAUAUMUCUUUUCUCGUCCGUCGUAGUCUAUAUUUUGGUUCCGUGUUUGCGUGUCUAGAACCCAAACACAGACAGUUAUCAUAGUCCUUUUGGGUUUUGUUCCCUAUUUUAAGGGGGCGCAUACAUAAACCACAUCCCCCUUAGAGCUCACGGAUCAAUUCGGAUAAAUCUGUGAUAGCYAUCAGGAUAUGAUGUAUUCAUAAAUGGUAUACAAUGAUACAAUAGGUAGUGUGACUGUGUGCUUUUUCUACACGUGUUCAUUGGGAUUUGGACUUUGCAAACUUCGCGCCUUUUUCUCUUAUCUCCAUUUUAGUUUUGUGCUGAGUUGUAAAGUUUACUUAUUAAAUUUUCUUUAUUAAUGACCUUAAAUUGGGAGUAAGAACACUUGCGAAGAUCAUGUUUUUCUAAUCAAGCCGAGAAAUUGAUUUAACGUGUUCUAACAAGUUUUCACUCGAGUYCUGAUUGGUYCUUUUAAGAGUUCAAGGUUAUCGACUUUACGCUGACGAUCUCAGCGCAUGCCGCCAGCAAGGUAUUAAAGCGUGCAUAAGUGACGUGAAUCAUUCUGUUGCCAGGAACCACAAUAAAAUCUUUUCCUUGAUUAGCUGGCUCUGGUUUCGGUCACGAGGUUCGUUGCGUUUCUUAAACCGCUUGAAUUUCACAACGAAAACAAACUCUCCUUUCCAUAUCACGCUCGCACCAGCUUCGUCAGAAAAUAAUCAAAUCUUUUUGAGCCACCAACGUACUGGAACGCGUWACACGAAAAAAGCCAUUCCUGAAUCCUCAGGGGAAGCUACUGGACCUAUCUUGCGCUAAGCAUUGGUGAGCCGUUAAAGAUGGUAAAUUUGCUUUAUCUUUCACUGAUAUAUUCUGCAGUACUGGUUGCUGUGAUACCUGCGAAUAGACAUUCACAUUGCAACAUUUCUCUUGGUGUUUCUAAUGGUUCUUUACCCGAUGCACGAAUGAAUGCAUCGUCUACCAGUGACCGURAUCAGUAUGGUGCACACCAGGGCCGUCUUACUGACAGGCAGACGACAACGGGUUGGUGUUCAGCWGUGGGGAGAGUUAAUAAGGAAUUCAUUGAAAUUGACCUGGGACAAGACACAAGGCUGUCUGCUUUUGAAACUCAGGGUGUUCUAGUUUGGAACAAGAUAACUAGAAGGUAUGAUUAUAAUUACGUCAAGAAAUUCUACCUGUCGUAUAAAAGAAACCUUGACGAAGGCUGGAGAUGGAGGCAGUACAGAGAGAACGAAGUUACUGUAACGCUUUUUAAAAGCAAUGGAUCUGUUAUAAAGCACAAUUUACUCACGCCUCGCAUUGCUCGUUACGUCAGACUGGUGGUCAUUGAAGCACAGGGUAAUAGAGCAUGUUUUAAAGUGGAGCUKUAUGGAUGUUCCUGGAAAAAACAGGACGGUCUUGUGUCGUAUCGCGUUUCCCAGGGAAACGGCCGAGCAAAUGGACCAGGCCUUGGCGAUUUGCGAGAUGUAGGAUACGAUGGUAGACGAUUAGCAUAUGGAACCAAACGAGGCGUGUUAUCUGGUGGACUSGGUCAGCUGGUUGACGGCGUAUUUGGGAGUAACGUACCAUGGAAUGAUACAAACAAUACUGCAUGGAUAUCAUGGAUUGGUUGGCGUGAUCCAAUCACUGAGCAUCCUACAGUUACCUUCCAGUUUUCAUCGAUAAGAGAAUUUUCUAAGAUUCGAUUUCACGUGCUGAAUCAGCCUGGUGCUGAGAAACUGCUGUUUGGAAAGGUUGUGAUAUCGUUCAGUGAUGAUGGGGAGUACUACACAUGGAAGACUGUGUUCGAACCCAGCCUACAAAAAAGGCGAAUGAAGAAUCGAGCUUUUCUUCUGGAGGUUGCGCUGGAUAAUCAUGAGGGGAAAUACGUAACUUGUGACUUUUAUUUCCACGGAUGGUGGAUACUGCUCAGUGAGGUGGAAUUUGWAUCAGGUCUUUUGAAACAAGGAAAAUCACGCAUCAAGAAUCCAGGUCCAAAAGUAGAAAAUGAAACGAUGCCUACACAUAUUAUACCAACGGAUAUCCUAUUGGACGUUAAAGAAUCAGGUUCACCUAAGAAAAAAGACUCAAAGACUGGUGACAUUAUCCUGUAUGCAUCUAUAGCUGCCGGCGUUGUAGGCGCUCUUCUUCUCGUGGCUGGAAUCAUUGUAUGUCUACGACGWAAAUGUGAACCAAGACAUAAUAACGCUUAUGCUAACCCAAUCAGAAUAGUCAAUCGUCUCAAGAAGAACUCCCUAAAUCGUAAUAACGAACGCUCAUACCACGCAGUCAAGAAGAAACUCAAAGAUAUCGAGCAAGAUGAUGAUGAUGAUGAAGAUGAUGAUGAUUUGAAGAAAAAACGCAACAGUGGCGACGGUAUAAAAAAGAAUUUUGAGAAGCUUGGUGACGAUAAAGAUGAUCAAGAAGACGACCUUAAAUUGCAAAUCAUUAGAGAAUUUGAAGGAGAAGAAGACGAAGAAGAGGUUUKUUAUAAGUUAAACAGCUGGAAAACAAACUUUGGCGAAUCGUUGUUUAAAGAUAUUGUUUCGAGUGAAGACGCAGCAAACCUGAGACCAGAAUCACGUGAAAUAACCCUUGAAGAAGAGAAAGCKAUGGUCUUAGAGGAGAUGCGCAAAUUAUCUGAGAACUCRAACGAUCCCUCUGCUUAGUGAAGCGACUGUAAAACAAGUAAACUUUUACCUAAAGUUAUCURCUUUUAACCACUGGAAACAACUCAUUCCUAUUUCUAUCGUCGYAUUUCCAGCCCAUAUCUACCGSCUUCGUCGAAAUUGGCAUUUCUUAAGUGUUAAGAAGUUCGUUGUUACCCUGGUUACACAUACCCUGGUUAUAGAGGUUCUCGGCUUCUACUUUAUCUCUAAUCUGUUUAUGUCUGAUGUGCCGGUUGAGCCAGCUUAAUGAGAACACUCUUGCCAUUGAGAGGGGAAUUUCUCCUAAUUUCGCCUGUUGUCAGGGCAUUUACUAUUAUUUUUUGAAGGCGAGAUAAAGCUUCAAGGCUUUUUGCGCUUAGACGAAGAAAAUACCGUCUUUAUCUCCUAAGAACAACUUGGUAGAUUGAUUUUUUUGGGAGACUGAUGUGGAAUUCAUUUGUUCAGCUCUACCUCUACUAUGAUCACUCUGUGSUACUAGUGCCGACGAUUUUAGGUCCAGACGAUAUGUUUAUCAUAUUUUCUUGAGUUAGAGUUUUGGAUAGCUCAAGAUCUUCUCCCCAAAAAAAGUGAAAAAAAAAAAAUGAAUGAAAUGAAGCGAUUAGAUAUGUUUUCUGCCUGCAUGAAGGCUAAUGAUGGACAAUCCAUCUGAACAACCAAUAUUUCCGUUUGUGUUUUAAAGCCUGGUAAUUCUAAUUAAUCAAACCGAAUACUUUCACCACAAGUCAACAUCUAUAGACGAUAUGAAAGCAUUUCCUUAAUAACACUUCACGUACWGUACAGAUGUUCCGGUUGACACACGUAGAAGAUAAGAAGGAGCCGGAGGUAAAAAUGUCUACCGAUUUAGAGAGAAAGUUGUUCCUUUCCAUUCUUACUGUUCACUCUUUCAGAAAAUCUUCUUAUCGGAAAGAAAAAGAGACUACAAAAAAAUGCACUAAAAAAGAACAAACAAGC